UGUGUUUCAUGCAUCGAUCUAAUAUAGAAAUAUGAUGUGUGUUUAUGUUUUGUAUUUGCGUGUCAAAGUGAAAUGGUUUGCUUUUAAUAUCAUAUACUAUCCUAUGUUAGAUGAUUUGAAUGUUUGUUAGAUAAUGAGAUGUUUGGUCAAAUUCUAUGAACUUCCUUGUCUGUGCUCCUUUUCCCUGCUCUCCAUGCUUCCAGAUCUUUCUGCUCCCGUUCCCUCAUAAAUUUGUACCCUUUAUAUAAAUCCCCCCCCCCUCCACCUACCCUUUUUCUUUUUAUUGUUUUUUCCUCAUAAAAGCGUCUUCAGUUUCUUGCUCAUAUUUUUUUCUUAAAUCAUCAUCUUGUCUUGAAGAAGUAGAGUACAAGACCACAUACUUUAAGGUGUUGAUUGAAAGGAGAAUUUUGCGUUUUCCUUGGUUUUUUCAUUUCAAGAGGAUAGUUGUGGUUGUGGUUGUGUUUGUUGGUGAAGGAGGGGAGGGGGGACAAACAAUGGCUGCACGCUACUGGUGCCAUAUGUGCUCUCAAAUGGUAAAUCCCAUCAUGGGAGUUGAGAUCAAAUGCCCUUUUUGCCAAAAUGGUUUCAUUGAAGAUAUGAUUGAUAGCACUGGGGAUAAUCAGGUCCCUGACUCUGAAUUUGGAUCUGAUCAUGCCCUCUCCCUUUGGGCCCCAAUCUUGCUUGGCAUGGUGGGAAAUUCCCAUCGCCGUAGAAGGCUUAGAAGGGUGGAGUAUGAAGAAGAUGAGGACGGCAAUGAUGAUGGUGAAGCAAACCAUGCAGGAGAACCAGAAUUUGAGCGUGAAAUAGAAUCAUUCAUGAGGAGGAGGAGGAGGAGCAGAAGAAACUCGGCUACAAUAUUGCAAUUGCUUCAAGGAAUUCGUGCUGGAAUUUUGGUAUCUGAAUCCGAGAACUUGGAAGGAGAUAGGGAUAGGGAUAGGGUUAGGGAUAUGAACAGGGAAAGAGAGCGUGUCAUUUUGAUCAAUCCAUUUAAUCAAAGUAUCAUUGUUCAGGGUUCUUAUGAUUCAAACAAUGUUCAAAACCAGAAUCAAAAUGCAAUUGGGUCAUUCGGUGAUUAUGUCAUUGGACCUGGCUUGGAUUUGUUAUUGCAGCACUUGGCAGAGAAUGAUCCUAAUAGAUAUGGAACUCCACCAGCUCAAAAGGAAGCCAUUGAGGCAUUGCCUACUGUAACUGUUAAGGAGCCUUUGCAGUGUUCGGUGUGCUUGGAUGAUUUUGAGAUUGGUGCCGAGGCAAUGGAAAUGCCAUGUAAGCACAAGUUUCAUAGUGGGUGUAUAUUGCCAUGGCUGGAGCUUCAUAGUUCCUGUCCAGUUUGCAGGCAUCAGUUGCCUGUUGACGAGUCCAAGCUUGAUUCUGAGAGAUCUAGAAAUACCUUUGAUCAGAGGGACAGUGAAAGCACUAACAGUGAAAGUAAUAUUAGUUAUGGAAUUAAUGUUGAAGAGGGAGAUGGGGAAGGAAGAAGUGGAAAUGGGAGAAGGUUUUCCUUUCCAUGGCCUUUCAAUAGCUUGUUUUCAUCUUCAUCUGGUUCUCAACCUGGUGGAAGCCAUCCAUCCUCAACAGCAUCCUCCUCAAAUGCACCAGGAGGUGCUUCUCAAACAGAUGAGAAUUGAGUUUGAGUAUAUUUUCUGAAGUCGCUAUAUUAGCUUCUUGUUGCUUGAAUGUGCUGCCUGCUUAUGUACAUAGUAUAUUACUUACUGAAAAUUGUGUUUUAAUCACUCUGGUUUUUGUAGAUUUUUUUUUUCUUGCCUUCAUGGAGAAGUUUAUAUUUCUGUUGUUUCCCCUGGCUCUUCUAUCUGUAUAUUAUUUCCGAAACUACUUUGAAUGGCUCAAUAGUUGCACUGGCUUUCUUUCCCCCAACUGAGUGAGGGGACUACUGUGAA